GCAGAGAGAAACAGGGAGAGAGAGAGAGGGGAUGGAUAGGAAAGGGAGCGCUUUAAAAGCCGGAUGGGAGAACGGAAAGGGAAGGACCCGGGGGAGAGAUCUUUUGGAAGGAUUCUAGGUUUCUUCAGGACUGGCAGUUCCUGUAUCUCGAUCUCCUUCUCUCCUUGAAAUCCAAGAUCAAAAGUCGAGCGGCGAGUCCCUCGACGGAUCCUGGUUCUUGAUCUCGAGGUUUCACCCUUGCCCUUCUUUCUGUUUCUCGCCGAUCCUCGGUCUCUGCAGAUCUAGGGUUUCGCGGCGAGGUUUUCUAGGGUUGAGGUUUUGGAAACGUAGAGGCUGUGUGCUUGUUGAGACCAGCAAUGGCGGCCGCGUUUCCGGGUCAAGUCAGUGCCAUCCAGGUUGGGUCCUUUUUCGUGGGGCAGUACUAUCAUAUUCUGCAGCAGCAGCCAAAUCUUGUCUACCAGUUCUAUAAUGAUGCGAGCACUGUGAUGCGGGUCGAUGGUGACAGAACUGAGACUGCCACGACAAUGAUGCAAAUCCAUUCUCUAAUCAUGUCCUUGAAUUUUACUGGGAUUGAGAUCAAGACUGCCCAUUCUCUGAAUUCUUGGAAUGGAGGUGUCCUCUUGAUGGUUUCUGGUUUUGUACAAACUGGGGCCUAUAAUGCUAGAAGGGAAUUCGUUCAGACAUUCUUCCUUGCUCCACAGGAGAAAGGAUAUUUUGUUCUGAAUGACAUCUUUCACUUCCUCGAUGAGGAACAAUUGCAUCAGCAUCCAUCGGCCAUAUUAGCCCAUAACAAUUAUGAGAACAAUUCAAAUAUGUCCAGUUCAGUUCCUGAGGCAGUUUCUGACUACAUAUUGGGAGGAGAAAUUCAAAGCAAGGAAUAUGUGGCUCCAGUUCAGGCAGGAGAAACUGAUAUUGUUGAUAACUACAGCAUCAUUGAUUCACAGCACCAAGUUGGCGAGCCUGAUGACCGAGUAGACGAUACGCCUGCAGAAGAUCCUGUUAUUUCAUUUUCAAAUGCAAUCAACAUUGUGCAGGACCCAUCUCCUGCCCCUGCAGUGGAGCACGUGGGAGAACCACGAAAGCAUACCUAUGCUUCUAUUCUGCGAAUUUCGAAACACCAACCUAGCAACUCUGCAUCACACCGGGCUUCUUUAGGCAAGCCUGCUUUGGUGGCUUCCGAGUGGCUUCAAGCACCCCAAGCAACUCCCCAAGAGUCCUAUCCUUCAUUGUUAACGGUACCUGAGAAGUCCAGUGCAGAAAUGGUGGAUGAAGCUAUUACACCAGAAGGUUUGUCCUUGUUCAUCACAGGUGAAGAGAAGUCCGUUUAUGUCGGAAAUCUGCCCUCUUCUGUAUCUGCAUCUGAUCUUGAGAAUGAAUUCAAGAACUUCGGUAGACUCAAGCCUGAUGGUGUUGCCGUCAGGAGCCGCAAGGAUUCUGGUGGUCACUAUGCCUUUGUUGAAUUUGAGGAUGCUGCUGCUGUUCAGAAUGCACUUAAGGCAUCUCCAAUACAGUUAAAUGGGCGGCAAAUAUAUGUGGAGGAGCGGAGACCCAACAGUGGAAUAUCACGGGGAAGAAGAGGUAGAGGUAGGGGUGGAUACCAGUCAGGUGUCCCAAGGGGACGCUUCGGUGGUAGGAGCUUGGGGAGGAAGGGCGGAGCAGAGAACAAUGACAGGGACUACAUUGGUAGGCCGAGGGGAAAUGGGUUCCAUCAGCGAGGCCCACGCCAAGAAAGGGGCAUAUUGGGAAGUCAAGAUACGAGGAAUGGGCAGCAGCACUCAUCAGUAGCUGCAGCUUAGGUAUCGGGAGUUCGUAGGUACUUGUAAGGGUGUUGAAGCAUGGCCCCUUUUCCCAGCAUGCUCGUGGUUGUCCUUAGCUUGGGAAAUGUGAUCCUCAAUUUUCGUAUCACAUUUACUAAGCUGCAAAAGGCCCCAGUGAAGUUGGAAAUAUAUGGUUUAGAUUUUGACUUUGAGAUGUUCCUUUAAUUUGUUGAAAGGUUUUUGAAAGAUAUACAAGAGAUACCUUUGGUUACUUUAGUUUAUUGAUGCCUUCUUGAUGCAUAAUGUUCUGUUUGAUUGAGUGGAAAAAUUUUCGAGAUUCAUUUGUUUUUACAAUGAUCAGUAUUAUCUGUUUCUACAUAAA